UAGCAGUAAAAUGAAUCUUCAGUAGGGUAUCUAUAGUUGUUCCCUCUCGGGCUUUGUUUGUAUUCUACUCAUAUGGAUGCACUUACCAUUGUGGCAUAAAAUGAUUCUUUUUCAUGCAGUUAACACAUCUCUAUAGUUACCUUGAAACGUGACUUUAGUAUCACACCACACCUGCUUUCCUCUAGCUCGUAGCUACAGGGAGUAAAAUGAAAACACUAAAGUGCAAACCCUUGGCAGACUAGAAAUGUGGAACCCAUACUCAAGUGUGGCACGUACAGGUACAAUCCGUCCAGUGUGUGGAGCAGCACUGGUCUCUCUCUCUCUCUCCUCCAGUUCUCCACUGCCUCCCCAGUUGCCCUACACUGCCACUAGUCUCAUUGACCACAGGAUCGUCCUCCAGGAAGGAGACCCGGUGCAGUUCCAGGUGGGACUAGCGGUAGAUGGAGGAGGAAUGAGGGCAGUCAACAUUGCCUCCAGACAUGCCUUCCUCAGAGGAAAUGUGGAGAGAGCAUCA